GCAUUUUCAUUCACACAAGUCAACACACACAGGACACAAGACUGAAACGGAGAAUCUUGAUGAAAUUUGAAUAGUACGUUUUACAUUUUGUCGUAGCUUUUUGCAAUGAUUUGCCUGUCACGUCUGGCCAUCAUUAACUUGCCCAGUGUCUGGCCAUCAAAGAGAUCCAUGGAUUCUGAGCAGAAGGAUAGCAAAGCUUCUGUAAAGCCAGCUGCACUGAGGGACUUUCAGAGACCUUUGCAGAUCCACACGAAAAGAGGCUACAUCAAGUGGUUCAACAAACUGAGUCGCUGCCAGAAAACUCGUCACCUUGCGGGAAGAAUGCAUCCCAGGUUGUAGGAACGCAUUAAACCAGGAGCUAAUAUCGUUGUUCUUUACUUGAA